UCUCAUAAAAUUUCAGAAAACAGAACGGAGGCGCAGACGCUAUAGGACCUGACUGGCAAGAGCAAGAUACGAGAUCUGUAGACCCUUUUCAUACACUGUCGUAUUUUGGGGUAAAUCUGUCGUACUGUAGCUGCUCACAAAUUCGUACCAAUGGCUUAUAGAAGGAAGCAACAUACUGCUACUACAAAGCCUUCAAUCUCCACUUCAUAUGACAAGGAAGUGGAAGACGAUGAAACCAGCAACUCUUAUUCUUCAACUUCACUUGCUGCUAGAGCCAUACGAGAAUCUUCCGCCGCCCAUCGGGAUUCUUCUCUCUCCUCCGCUUACGGCUUCAAACAGCCCUAUCUUUCUUCCUCCUCUGCUUCUUCUUUUCCUGCUUCAAACGUCAGUACCACCACCACCACAACCACCACUUCCUUUUCUUCUUCCAAGGAUUCGAAGUCCCAUGAGUAUAUUUCAAUGCGAAAUAUAAAUGAAUCAAAACAAGGAUUUUGGGGUAGUCUUGCUAGGAAAGCUAAAUCCAUUCUCGAAGAUGAUAAUGCUCCUCAACAAGUGGAUUCACCUGGGAGAGCCCCCCAUCAUGUUCCUUACGCUUCAACUAAACCCAAGUACCAGAAUCCAUACCCCGAUCAUGACAGCCAUAGAAAAACAGACAGUCCUACAUUACAGAAGGGAAUAAAUGCGAUCUCGUCUUCCAUAAAUUACAUUGGUAAUGCUGUUGAGGAGGGUCUUACUAAGGUGGAGAAUCGGACUGCAGGCAUUAUCCAAGAAACUCGUAAGCACAUGAGGAAAAAGCCUGGUGCUGCUGCUGCACAGAAUCAGGCAACUAAUCGUGGUAGCACAUGGCAACAACCCCAACUGCAAACCCAAAAUCAAACUGAUCAAGAGCUUCAACUAAAAGCAUCCCGCGACGUUGCAAUGGCUAUGGCUGCCAAGGCAAAGCUUCUUCUUCGAGAGUUAAAAACUGUUAAAGCUGAUUUGGCUUUUGCUAAGGAGCGUUGCGCUCAGCUGGAGGAAGAAAAUAAAAUCCUUCGAGAUAAUCGUGAAAGAGGGGACAACCCAGAAGAUGAUGAUUUGAUUCGGCUUCAACUUGAAACGCUCUUAUCAGAGAAGGCUCGAUUAGCACAUGAGAACUCAGUCUAUGCUCGUGAGAAUCGCUUCCUAAGGGAGGUUGUUGAAUACCACCAGCUUACCAUGCAAGAUGUUGUAUACUUGGAUGAAGGCACUGAGGAAGUAACCGAGGUUUAUCCCAUCAAGGUAGUGUCCAAUACUCACUCUGUUCCCACGUCUCUACCUCCACUACCUACUGAGGUUCGCCUUGAUUCUAGUCUUCCAUCAACUCGCGAGAUGGCUCCACACCCUGUGCCGCCACCUGGGCUCUUGGAGAAUCCUCGAAGUGCUGCCCCACCAAGUUCAUAGGUUACUGCAGUGGGUGUUGAAAAGCACUCAAACCCACCUGUUUGGAUAGUAACACCACAUAUUUUAUGUUGUUGGUUUACAAAUUUGAAAUUGUAACUGUGUUAUUGUCCUUGAUAUACGUUUCUGUAAUUCAUUUUCAGUCUUUGCUGGGCUGAUACUGAUGUACAUUCCCUAUUAUGUACUCUUACGCUUGCUAUCAUGUUAAAACCACAAUCUUUUUUAUGAACA